AUGACGUUCCCUACUGAAGCUUCACCAGAAGAGCAAGCCUGCGAACGUCUAUUCAAAGAAACUACAACACGCAAUUGCGAAGGACGCUUUGUGAUUCAAUUGCCUAUAAAACCAGACAAGCUAAAACAAAUUGGGAAUUCCAAGGAGGUAGCCAUGCGACGUUUCAAAUCUUUGGAAAGACGCCUUAUAAAAGAUCUAAAAAUGUACUCGGAUUAUAAACAAUUCAUGCAAGAAUACUUGCGAUUGGGACAUAUGCGUGAAGUAACAUUCCCUACGAAGUCCAAUGACGAAAUUUAUUACCUGCCACAUCAUGCGGUAUGCAAAGAAACACGCACCACCACCAAGCUUAGGGUCGUGUUCGACGGUUCUUGCAAAUCAUCAACCGGAGUAUCGUUAAACGAUGUCUUAAUCGUCGGCCCUACUAUACAAGCCGAUCUGUUCUUAAUAUUACUUAGAUUCCGCAUGUUCAAAUAUGCCCUAACAGCGGACAUCAAGCAAAUGUAUCGGCAAGUGCUAAUCAACUCCGAUCAAACAUCUCUUCAGCGCAUAUUCUGGCGCGACUCCAUGGAUGAGCCUAUUCGCACUUUCGAAUUACUCACCGUCACAUAUGGUAUGGCCUCUGCAGCUUUCUUAGCAAUUCGAUCCCUCAGAAAAUUGGCAGAAGACAACAUCUUAAAAUAUCCCAUCGGUGCCAAAGCAGUACUGAACGCCUUCUACGUCGAUGACCUAGUAACGGGCGUAGAUACUUUACAAGAAGUAUCAAACAUAAAGGCUGAAACCUCUCAGCUACUUUUGGAAGGACAUUUCGAACUAAGAAAAUGGUCUUCUAACGUACCAAUGAUACGAGACAAUCCAUCUGUACAGAACGAUAAGGAGUUCGUAUUGUCUUGCGACAAAGAAUGCGAGACACGAACCUUAGGUCUCGGUUGGAACUGCAACACCGAUCAUUUCAAAUUCUCAAGCAUCGUCUGCUUACCGCCUCAAGCUUCACCAACUAAAAGAAGCAUAUUAUCAAGAGUCGCAUUAGUAUUUGACCCUCUAGGAUUGCUCGGACCCGCCACCGUUAUUGCAAAAAUAAUCAUGCAGAAUCUUUGGCGUCUUGGACUAGAAUGGGACGAAUCUCUCCCGUUAAAUCUGGUUACAAAAUGGAGACAAUAUGAAUCUGGGUUAUCAAGUUUAAGUAACAUAACCAUACCACGUCGAGUCAUCUUGCUGGAUGAAUACAUUAUCCUGGAACUACACGGCUUCGCCGAUGCCAGUGAGCUCGCCUACGGAGCAUGCAUUUACAUACGUGCUACUGACUCUAAUGGUACUCAUUCCACAACUUUACUCUGCUCAAAAAAUCGAGUAGCCCCACUAAAGGCUUUAUCUAUUCCCAGACUUGAAUUAUGUGCCGCACUUCUACUGGCACAAAUCUUUGAUAAGGUUUCAAAAUGCAUAAAUCACAAAAUACAUGCUGUACAUUGGUGGACUGACUCCACUAUCGUUCUUGCAUGGCUACAAUCAUCCAGUCGGACUUGGACAUCAUUUGUGGCAAAUCGUGUUGGACAAAUCCAUCAAUUAACUGCCGUACAAGAUUGGCACCACGUUAAUGGUAAGUAUAACCCUGCUGAUCUCCUUUCAAGAGGAAUCUCUCCAGAUCAAUUAACAAAAUCGCAGCUCUGGUGGUCAGGCCCCACUUGGCUAAAACUCGACAAGGCGCAUUGGCCCAUCGCCCCACUCAACAUAAGAAGACAAGAUAUUCCUGAAUUCAAAUCCAAAACCAUCGCCGCUACUGCUACAACGCAGUCAACCUCAGAACUGUUCAAACGAUAUUCAAGCUUCACGAAGCUAUCACGAGUAGUAGCUUACAUUCUUAGAUUUUUCCACAAACUAAGGUUCAAGGUUAAACCCAGCGCAACAUCACAAUUAACACUUGGUACAACCCUGUCCAUCUUACCUGACGAAAUACAUCACGCUAAACAAGUCCUUGUAAAGAUGGUCCAAAAAUCGUACUUUAAGAAUGAACUAAAAUUACUUUCAAAUCAACAAAACAUAAGUAAAACUAGUUCUCUCCUGCGUUUAAACCCCUUUAUAGAUGAUUCUGGAAUCCUGAGAGUUGGAGGGAGACUCAAGCUAUCUCACCUUCCCUAUAAUGCUAAAUACCCAGCAUUGCUACCAGGGCACCAUCCGCUUUCUCAAUUAAUCAUUAUACAUGAACACAAAAGGCAUUUUCACGCAGGCUCUCAAGCUACCUUAGCCGCUAUUCGACAGAAUUAUUGGCUCAUUUCAGCUAGGGACAUUGUUCGGCAAACCAUACGCAAGUGCGUCACCUGCUUCCGGAUCUCUCCAGUGACAACUUCAACACUUAUGGGCAAUCUACCUAAAAACAGAAUCACAACCCCAGAACGACCGUUUGAAAAAUGUGGAGUGGACUACGCCGGCCCCUUUUACUACAAGGACGGAUCUAGAAAGGGAGCCAAACUUUUAAAGUGCUACAUCGCAAUAUUUGUUUGUCUUGCUUCUACAGCGGUUCACAUUGAACUGGCAACUGAUUUAUCCACUGAGGUAUUUCUAAACGUUUUGAAACGCUUCACUUCCAGAAGAGGAUUUCCUUCCACCAUUUAUUCUGAUAACGGUCUAAAUUUUAAAGGUGCCAAUAGGGAAAUGAACGAAUUGGCAACAUUAUUUAGAGAACAACGAUCUCAACAACAAAUUAUGGACUUCGCCUCUUCCAAAGGGAUUAACUGCCAAUUUAUACCACCUAGAGCUCCUCACCAUGGAGGAUUAUGGGAAGCAGCGGUUAAAGGAGCAAAACGCCAUCUCCUGCGAGUAACCAAAGAGGCUCACUUAAGAUAUGAAGAAUUGGAGACGCUGUUAACUCAAAUAGAGGCAAUCCUAAAUUCACGCCCAAUAACUCCAUUAUCUUUUGAUCCCGCUGACCUCUCAUCACUGACCGCUGGACAUUUUUUGAUAGGCAGCCCACUGACUUCGUACCCCGAGCCAUCAUUAGAAAGAAUAGCUGUCAAUCGCCUCUCGCGCUGGCAACGCGUCGAGCAAAUUCGACAACACUUUUGGCGAAGAUGGACACGAGAAUAUCUACAUUAUUGUCAACAACGAAAUAAAUGGACAAUCAAGACCAAUCCGAUAAACAUUGGGCAAUUGGUUCUCCUAAAAGAGGACAACACACCUCCUUUAGCUUGGCCGCUGGCUAGAAUUACAGAGAUACACCCUGGCGAUGAUGGCACCACUCGAAUCGUCACUGUACGAACUACAAAAGGAACUUACAAACGUCCCAUAACCAGACUAUGCCUAUUUCCAUUCGAGAAGGAAUAG